CACCUCGAGUGAGACGUGAUUCGUGAAUUCGUUUGCGCUGGGCGGAUUAAUUCAUGUUGUAUGUGCUGCGGCUAGUCAUUCACUCGCCGUGCUGCUAGGAGCGCAUUCUCUGUCAACGAAGGACCAAUUCAUAUUGAUAUCACAGCAUCCUGAAAACAGGGACAAAGCAUCGUAGUCAUUUAGAAAAGAAUUAAAUUCGUCUGCCCAACUCCCUCAGCCUAUUCUACACGGAGAAUACCUUUGGAAGCGAUUGCAAUGCUUCAAAUAAGGAAUCUCAUUUGGACAUUGCUUCUCUUUGGUUACUCAGCUGCCUUGCAAGUGGAUAUCAUUCCAGCCCAAGGAGAGAUCAGCGUGGGAGAGUCCAAAUUCUUUUUGUGUGAAGUUGUUGGAGAUGCAAAGGAAAUAGACUGGUAUGCUCCCAAUGGUGAAAAGCUCCUGCCAGGGAGAACAGACAUCAGUGUCAGCAACAAUGACGAGUCCUCUUCCACACUCACAAUCUACAAUGCUAACGUUGACCAUGCUGGCAUGUACAAGUGUGUGGCCAAAAAUGGGGACAAGGAAUCUCAUGGCACCGUCAUUGUAAAUAUUUUCCAGAAACUCAUUUUCCAGAACGCUCCAUCGCCCCAAGAGUUUAACGAGGGGGAUGAUGCUGACAUCAUCUGUGAUGUCAUAAGCUCACCGCCCCCAACUAUUAUCUGGAAGUUUAAAAAGAUGAGAAUCCAGCCUGAGACUGAUGUCCGCUUCAAGGUCCUGAGCAACAACCACCUCCAGAUCCGUGGCAUCAAGAAGACAGAUGAGGGUCAAUACACCUGCGAGGGACGCAUCAUGGCCCGGGGAGAAAUCGACAUCAGGGUCAUCACUGUCAUUGUCAAUGUUGUGCCAAGUAUCAGAACCCGCUACACUGAGUUUAAUGCCACUGCAGAGAUCAGCCAGGCCGUGACGUUGGCCUGUCAUGCAGAUGGCUACCCAGAACCUACUGUCACAUGGGCACGUGGUAAUGUCCUAUUGGAAUCAGGUGAGAAGUACAGUCUGAAUGAAGAUGGAUCUGAGUUGACCAUCAAAGACAUCAAGAAGGUUGAUGAAGGCGAGUACAAAUGCAUCGCCAGGAACAAGGCUGGAGAGAGGAGUGAGGAAGUCAGCCUCAAUGUGUUUGUGCAACCGAAAAUCACGUUCCUUGACAACCAUACGGCGACCGAGUUGGAGGAGCAGAUCACUCUGACUUGUGAGGCCACAGGUGACCCCACCCCCAACAUCAUUUGGAGCUUCGGUCGCCGGAUCUUCACCGAGAAUGAGCAGGCUUCAUGGACUCGACCUGAGAAACACAAGAGUCUGGAUGGUAACGUGAUUGUACGCAGUGAUGCCCGUGUGUCCUCUCUGACUCUGAAGUAUGUGCAGUUCACUGAUGCUGGCCAGUACCUCUGCACUGCCCGCAACUCCAUUGGGCAGGACAUCCAGAGCAUGUACCUGGAAGUGCGCUAUGCUCCAAAGAUCCAGGGCCCUGCUGCUGUGUUCACCUGGGAGGGGAAUCCAGCUAAUAUUACCUGUGAGGCUCUAGCUCACCCGGGUGCCUCCGUUUCGUGGUUCCACGAAGGCCAGCAUCUACCCAGCUCCAAUACCACCAAUGUCAAGAUCUACAACACACCCACAGUCAGCUUCCUGGAGGUCACUCCAGAGUCCCAGAACGACUUUGGCAGCUACAACUGUACGGCCACCAAUGUCAUCGGCACAGAGUCAAAGGAAUUCAUUUUGGUUCAAGCAGAUGUGCCUUCGGCCCCCUCUAUCGAGCGUGUGGAGCCGUAUUCCAGCACAGCGCUUUUGGAGUUUGAUGAGCCUGCCUCUAGUGGAGGAGUGCCCAUCCUCAAGUACAAGGCUGAGUGGAGGAUAGCAGGCCAAGACUGGACUGACAGAGAGUAUGAUGUUGAGGAUGGUCUCAACUUGAUCACCAUCGUAGGGCUGAAGCCCGAUACUGUUUAUGAGGUCAAGAUGUCCGCCAUCAACGGCAAGGGUGAAGGAGAGAACAGCCCCAAAGAGACCUUUAAAACCCAGCCUGUCCUGUCUUCAGAGACUCCAACUUCCAUUCCUCCAACCACUGCAGACCUUAGGGAACCUAACCCUCCUAAACUGGAGGCUAAAUCACAAUCCACAGGCAAUGAGAUGAAGGUCUACUGGAUUAACCAGGACGAUGGGGGCUCUCCCAUCAAACACUAUCUUGUGCGCUACAAAGCUAAGCAACGCCAGGACUGGAAGCCUGAGAUCCGCCUACCCAACGGCAGUGAGUACGUUGUGCUGAGGGGUCUAGAAUGGAACACAGAGUAUGAAGUCUAUGUUGUUGCAGAAAACCAGCGAGGGCGAUCUGAACCUGGCACCCUUUCCUUCAGGACCUUGCCAGAACCCACCGCCAUUCCAGACACCAGCUCAGGGUUGGGCACCGGAGCCAUCGUGGGCAUCCUCAUUGUGGUCUUCAUCCUGCUUCUGUUUGGCGUGGACAUCACAUGCUACUUCCUCAACAAGUGUGGUCUUCUCAUGUGCAUUGCUGUCAACUUCUGUGGCAAGUCUGGCCCCUCUGCCAAGGGCAAGGAUAUUGAAGAGGGAAAAGCCGCCUUCACGAAGGAUGAGUCCAAGGAGCCCAUUGUGGAGGUAAGGACUGAGGAAGAGCACACACCAAACCAUGAGGGAGGAGGCCCCACCGAACCCAAUGAGACCACCCCUCUGACUGACCCUGAGCAUGCUGCUGACACCACAGCAACCAUAGUGGACUUGAUUCCCUCUGUAACCACUAACUCAGACCCAGGCACUGACAGCCCUGCUAGCGAUAGCACCACCCUUACCUCAAGCACCGCCCCUGCGGCUGAUCCUAAGCCCGCUCCCCAGUCCAGCACCCCAAAAACUAGUGUCACCUCUCCUACCUCCCCGCAAGCUGCUGCCCCUGCAGCCAUGGCCCCUCUUGUGGACUUGAGCGAUACACCCUCCAACCAGACCUCAAAGUCCUUAGAUGGCCCCCAUGCAUCUGAUUCAACGGCCCCAACCUCUGUGACCCCUGCAGAUUUGGCCAAAGCCGAUUCUACCAAGCCCCCUGUUGUCGAGCCAGCACAGAGUGCUGGGGCAAAAGGCCUGGCUGAGUCGGCCCCCAGCAAUCCUGCGAAUCCCCCCCAAAGUAAGGAAUCUCAGGUACAGCAGACUCCAGAUAAUGACCUUGCCAAGGAUGUGUUUGAUGCGUUGGGCAAGCCCACCACCACUGACUCCACUGCACAGUCCGCACCCAACCAGGACGAUGGUAAAAUUGCUGGAGAAAGUAAAGCGGCGGAAACAGAGGUAAAGAAACCCCCUACGGAGGUAAAGACAGUUCCCAAUAAAGCCCCCCAGACGAACGGCAACGAGAGCAAAGCGUGAAACAGAACCGGCAAGCGCAGACAGACAGCACCACACCACCACAUCAAAACAUGGUUUAAAUAAAAGGGUUUCUUUCUUCAGUGUCUCUUUGUGUUUGUAGAACAAAACAAAAAAAAAUUCUAGAUGAAUAGAGCACCCAAAGAGCAUAUGCCUUUAUUUUGUAUCUUUCAUUUCUGUUACUGUUGAAACUUUUUUCUUUUUUUUUUUUUUUUUUUUUUUUAUAAACACAAACGGAAGGAAAGAUUCUUUACCUCUAAUGCACUCUCCUUGACCUUGGAAGUAACAUAAGUGUCUUUGAAGUGGCAUUAAUGUCUUGGUAUCAGCUGAGAUAGACAACCAUGAGGAAUCAUAGAUUUUGGCAAUUCCAGAACAAUGCCUUUACACACCACAAAUAUUGCUGUUAUGUUUCACUUAUGUCCCUUCCUUGUUACAUGCAGUAUUCCCAUCAUUAUUGCCACAUAUUAAUAUUUUGGGGAACAUUUUUGAUGUUUUACUUGUGUUUAAAUAAUGUACAAAAGCAACCGCCUUUUAUUUGGUUAUUUUUCAUUUUAUUUUCGAGAGUUAGCGAUAGAUCAUUAGUAUGCUAGCUUUGCAUAAUUAUUUUUCUAUUAUGUACUUCGUUUUAUUACAGCCCCAAAUGUUUACAGCAUUUUGCUAUAAAAUCCCUUUGGCUUGCUUCUCUAGCAGACACAGCAUAAACAAGAAGUCACAGCACAAAGAUUACACAUGCCUGACAGAGUAGAGGUCUAAAUUAGUGGUUAGGGUUAUACAAAUAGUUUUCUGUAUUUUCUUUUCUAUUACAACACACACUUAUCUGAUUCCCCCUGAACGGUUUGGGUUACUUACAUUUACUUCAAGUCUUUUAAAGCAACUGUAAGGUUGAGAGAUCUCUUACGGUGAUCCUUGGUAGAAGCUUUCCACAAGUCCUUUAAAAAAACAUUAAGAACAAACUGGAGAUCUUAGAUAAAGCUCAGACGGCUCCUUGAGAGAAUUGAGUACCAGCAUUACUGCGACCCACUGCUGUGUUACAUGGUACAGUAGAUACAGCUGUUGCACUCAUGGCCUAAUAAAAACAUCAGGGGCGUAUACGCGUGUCUGAUGCUCGCAGGACAUUAUGUAAUACGGCGACGAGAAGUCAAGGUUCUUAUGUCUGUUGCUCCAUUGGCUUUUGUCCACAUAAUUGAUAAAGAGUGCUUUGAAAUGAACCCAUGCAGCAACAGUGCUCCUUUGACACAGAUGUUCUGUCAUACAAAGGCAAAACACAGAAACUAUGCCAAAGUUACUUCAAAGUGGCUUCAAAGUUACUUGAUUUCAGCAUGGAUUAUGUGGUAGCUGCAAUGUUCACAUUUCAUUUUCUCUGAAGCCGAGUAUAGUUGAGCCAAACCAGUCUUUCACAGGAUUGAUUAUAGUUUAAGAGACCUGAUUUCGGUCAUUGCUCAAUUUUGACAGAGUAUUUAGUGACAUGUACUGCGUUUUGCCUUUGCACGGCUGGAUUGUCAAAAAGUAGUGUUUGUUGGUUUUUAAUGUCUUGAAUAUGCAUACAUGGCCAAAUUAUUAUUAUUAUUAUUAUUAUUAUUAUUAUUUUAUUUAAGCCAUAGUACUCUGGUGUGGAUAUACUGUAGUAGCAUCAAUGAUAUUCUGCCUGACUUUUUGUACAAUGUUUCUCAUUCUUUAGGCUGCAAGCUUGUGCACUGUGAAUGCGUGAAAAUCCUAAUGUGAAUACAGUGUGUUCUCUGUAAUAGAAAAAAAGAAUAUCCAUAGGUUGUGAAAGCUGUAGCUGUUAGUUCAAACAAUGUUCAUCAAGAUAUGAAAAAAAAAAAAAAAUGAAGAAGAAAAAAACAAUGGUGGCAACAGCAGAAAUGGAAUACAGGAUACAAAGGAGUUGGUGCCUUCAAUAUAAACAUCCUCUGAGUUUUCAAGUCAUUCUGAACUGGACUGAUGGUACACAGCUUGGGUUCACUCCCUGCUAAAAGAUGGUUCAGAUAUGUAAACAGGGAAAAUAAUAGUUUUGAUUCUUGCUUAGUGUCAUCACAUGAAUUUCUGGGUCUUCGGGUGUAAAUGGUUUGUGAUAUCUGAAGCUGAGUUCUCAAAAUCUCGACAACAUGCCUAUUUAACUGAUGCAAAGUAAGACAUAUAGCUACUGUAUAUCCACACAGAAAAUUGUCUUGAUACAUUGCGUCUAGGUACCCAAGACCCGAGCAGGCAUCCGCUGUCUGUGGCGCCCAGCUCACAUUUGGUCAAAUGCCUUGUCAGUGACAUUUAUUUUUCAAUCUGAAAUAAGCAUGCAGUGUAUUCUGAACUAGAUGUCAUUGGUGUUAAGGUUAAGAACUGAAUUGCUAAAUAACUGAAAAUGUCAAAGGAUUUUGUUGUACAUUUCUCUCUGAAUGUCUGUGAACUGUUCUAGUUCAUAUAUAUUUACUUUUGUCAUGUUUAUAAAGCAGACAUUAAAUGCUUUUAUUUGGUUGAAUGGUAACACUUUAUAACAACUUGAAUUAGUUAACAUAAAAUGCUUAACAGAUCCAUAGUUCAUGUAUAUUCAAAUAUAUAUAUACAGUAUAAAUGAAUCAAAGUUUCAAGACAUUUCCAACUAUUUACAUGUACUUUAAUUGUUCAGUUAAGCAUUUUAUAGUGUUAUAAUGUUUGUUAAUGAAAGUUAUUGUAGAGUGUUACCAGUUAAAUUCUGGUCUGUGAAAACAAGGAUAUGAGAGGCUUGUACAAACACUGUAUUGCGAGGCAUUCAAACCAUUCCUUGUGAUUUCAUUGAAAAACAAGCUGGAUUUUGAAAACAGCUUUGGAUUCAUUCUACUGCCAUUCAAUGUGGGACCAAUUGUAAUGCGAGUUUACAUGCACAGUUUAGCACUGCACUCGUGCCAUCAUGCCAUUUUAAAGACAAAAGUCUGUUCAAAAUGAUGAUUGCUUCAAAAGCAUUUAAGGUUCAUCUGAGUAAAUCACACUUGUUUGAUGUGAAGGCUUCUGUGACUCAUUCACACACAAGCAUUUUGUUUGUCAUCACCACUCUCAUCCCAGACCUUUAUAAGACAUCCAUCCAUUCAUUUCCUGCUGAGAGGACCUUCUCACAGUUGCAUACAGAUUUUUAUGAAAUGAAAUGUCAGUACCACCAUCUUUCCCCACUGCCACUGCUGUAAAUACUAACCGAAAACAAUUUGAUUCUGUCGACAAAUUCUUGUGUUCAAUAAAAUGAGAAAAAUAUU